AUGCAAAGGCCUACAUUUACUUCCUUUUCGCACCUCCUCGACGCGCGUCUUCUUCGUGCUCUUGCCGACAUGGGCUUCGCCCGUCCCACUCUGGUACAAGCAAAAGCGAUUCCAUUAGCUCUCGAGAGCAAAGAUAUCUUAGCUCGUGCUCAGACUGGAAGUGGAAAGACUGCUGCAUAUUGCAUACCCAUCGCACAGAAGAUACUCAAUGCAAAAAGUUCUCUGGACAGAGAGGAUGUCUCGUACCAGGCAACUCGGGCCUUAAUUUUGGUUCCAACCAGAGAAUUAGCCCAACAGGUCACCACCUCACUGAAGGAUAUAUUAAGGUAUUGUGAAAAAGAAAUCACCUGUGUCAAUAUCUCUGCCGGGACGACCUCGCAUCUACAACGGACUCUUCUGUCGGACAAACCUGACAUCGUGGUCGCUACACCAACUCGGGCAUUAGUACUCCUUCAAUCCAAGUCGCUGUCUUUGGCUGCUCUGGAGUCGCUGGUCAUUGACGAGGCAGAUCUUAUUCUUUCUUAUGGCCAUGAUGAAACCGUUCGGCAGAUAUUCAGCGGAAUGUAUCUACCAAAAGUAUUUCAAUCAUUCCUUAUGAGCGCCACUAUGACAGAAGACGUCGAACUUCUGAAAGGGUUAACAUUGCGCAGUCCAGCCAUACUGAAAUUAGAACAGGGCGAAGAUGAAGCCGCCAAUUUGACGCAAUACUCCGUCAAAUGCUCAGAAGUGGACAAAUUCCUCCUCACAUACGUUAUCCUGAAACUCAAGCUCAUCAAAGGAAAAUGCAUUUUAUUUGUCAAUGAUGUAGACCGGAGCUAUCGGCUCAAACUCUUUCUUGAGCAGUUUUCCAUCAAAAGCUGUGUCCUCAACUCGGAGCUCCCGCUAAACUCGAGAUAUCAUACGGUGCAGGAAUUCAACAAAGGUGUCUAUGACUAUAUAAUCGCCACUGAUGAAAGUGGAACCCAUGGAGCAGACCAAGACUCCGAAGAUGAUGGUGAUGAUGAUGAUGAUGAUGAUGAUGAUGAGGAGGAGGAGGAGGAAGAGCCCAAUGAUAAGAAUGAAGAAGCUGAACAACAGUUUACAUCUACUCAACGAGAAUUGAAGCCUUCAUCCGAAGAGCCGCCAGCAGCUAUCGGUUCCUCAAGCUCCUUGCACAAACGCAAACGAUCUUCUCCAGAGCCUAGCCAGAAGCCCAGGAAACGAAGAUCCCGAAAAGAUGGAGGCGACAAAGAAUACGGAGUAACCCGUGGAAUCGAUUUUGUCGACGUCGCCUGUGUCCUAAAUUUUGACCUGCCAGGCAGUUCACGAUCAUAUACCCAUCGCAUAGGACGCACUGCGCGCGCUGGACGGACAGGCAUGUCAUUGUCAUUUGUGGUUCCACAAGACCAGUGGGGAAAAAACAAAGUCGUGGGAUGCCUGCCAAGUGCUAAACGGGAUGUCACGAUAUUUGAAAGAAUUGAGCAAGAGCAAGCGGCAAGAGGCAGCAAGAUCAAAGACUACGUUUUUGACAUGAAACAGGUUGAGGCGUUCAGGUAUAGAAUGGAAGAUGCCCUACGCUCAGUCACAAGGACGGCAAUUCGAGAAGCUAGAAUGAAGGAGUUGAAGACAGAAAUACUGAAUUCGGAUAAACUGAAAGCCCACUUUGAAGACAAUCCUCUUGACCUAGAAUAUCUACGACAUGACAAAGUGUUACAUCCAACUCGAAUCCAGCCUCACAUGAAGCAUGUGCCAAAAUAUCUCCUUCCGCGGGUUGCCCCUGUGAAUGGAACGGCGGAAGGAGAGACGACAGCGGACAAAUCGGUUGGUUUCGUUGGCUUCAAGAAGAACAAUCGAGAUGGAUCACGGCACCGAGGGCGUGGUCGGGGACGCGGUGGUGGCGGACGAGGGGGGAGAAAGAAGUCGGAUCCUUUGAAGAAAUUUGGUCGGUAG